UAAUAUUAGGCUACAGGUGAAAAGGUGGUGGAAUAUUAUUUAUUGAAUACAAAUGUAUUUUAAUUAAAAAAAAUGGUAAAGUUUGAUUAGGUAGUCAUCAGGGAAUUCUAGUACAUCUAUUCAGAGGUUGCGGUCGAAUAGUCUUAACUGAGUCCUAAAUCUUAGUCCCAACUGAGUCAAAUGUCCUGGAACUAUGUAAGUGGCAGUCAUCCUUUACGUAAGGAAAGAAGAUAAUGCUGCCCCACAAUUCCUCUCUGCAGCAACAACAACCGAUUAUGACAAUAUGUGGCCUUUUCAUGUCUAUAUUUAUUUUUCUUCACAUCUUUCCUUGACCUCAUGACAUUUUCCAUCGAGGUCAAAGAAAAGUGGUUGGGAAAAGUGCACAGUGCACAGGUUUGUUGUUGCAUAUGUCUUUAUUGUCUUUGUUGAGAAAUCAUAGUCCCAAUCAAUGGAGAUAAUACCCUAACAUGCCCAAGGUAAACUCAGGAAAAUAUUAAAUCCAUACUUAAUAAAUUAAUAAAUGAAUGAAUACUUUAAACUUAUAUAGCGCUUUUUUAGGUACCCAAAGACGCUUUACAUAGAGCAAAGACAAAAAAAAAAAACACAAAAAAAGCAAACAAUGAAUGAAUAACAAUAGUUUGUUAGUUAUCAAAUAACUAAUCACAAAAACAAAUGGAUGAAUGAAAGUGUAAACACUCCUCAGAUAUCCCAACCUAGACAUUAAUUAGACCUACAAUGGAAGAUCUAGUAAUACUCUGUGGUUGGCCGUCUUUUCUGUGAACUUCUCAAUUCUGCCAACUAACCACACACACAAACAAGCUCACUUCCUGUGUGAAAGGCUAAAGGCUGAGACACAGACCAUUUGAAAGUAGAAGAGCAACUUGAGAUUGUGGAGACACUUUGUGCGGCCUAGUCUAGUGUGCACACAACACACAUGGACUAUGGACACCCCAGUUUAUCAUGGGCCCAUAAGCCGAACUACAUGUGAGGAACUGCUCUCAAAGAAAAACAAGGAUGGGAGUUAUCUCAUUAGAGACAGUGAAACCAUCGCAGGCGCUCUGUGCCUGUGCGUUUACAAACACAGGAUAGUUUACACUUACCGGAUAUUACAGACCCACCAAGGAUUAUAUACUUUACAGACCAGUCAAGGUGUUGAGGAAAGAUUUUUCACGAACCUGCAGGAUCUCGUCACACAUUAUAAGAAAAAAAACCAAGGCCUGGCCACUCAUCUUCGCCAUGGCGUGAAGAGGAAAGAGAUGCCACCGCCGUCCCCACACAUCCCUGACGAGGGGGCAGACUACGAGAAUGUAGAAGACAUGUCAGAGUAUGUUGUGGUCCUCCCAUCGUGAUGCAGCAAAUGAACAAUAUAUUCUCUGGUUGCUGUUGGCUCAGUGGAUUUGUCCCUUCUUCAUGUAGUACAUAAUGUACAUACUUUCAAAUAGUGACAAAAAAGUGACAUUUGUGGCUUAAGCUGCCAACAAGCGAGCAAUCACAAGGUAUUUUGUUUGUAUUUAUCUAACCCUAAAUUAGGUCAUUUAUGUUCAUAAUUUCUAUCAAAACAUAAAUUAACGUGUUUGUUUUACAGCCUUUUCUAAUGUACAGUAUGUGCACAUAUGACAUUCACGGCUUUGUAACAGUGCUUUCUUUUUGGAUGUUUAUGUUUUAACAGUACUCCCUUUAGGCUUUGUAUCUUCAGUAAUGCGGACCUUAAGUUUGGUUAAUGCAAUAUUUUCAAAGCUAUGUUAUUAGCAACCCAGGUAGUGCCUAUCACACAACAACGAGUGAAAGGGUUAAAGGGUCAACCCUUUAAGCAACAUUAUGUAACAAUUUCACCUAAAAAUAACAGCUUCAAAAUCAUUUUGGCAUUACGCUGACUUGUAAUAGAGAGAAUAAGGUCUGUGCCACUGCCACAGCAUGCCAGGUAUGCCUGUUAUUGCACUGGUAUGUACCUUUGGGAGACAGGGCAUGACACCUCUCGUGAAAACUAUGCAAUGCUUUAUGGCACCACCUCACGCAAAACAACAACUAGACCCCUCUGCUAGCUAUAAGAAGAAGCUAUCGCAGUAUUCUCUGUAUGGACAUCAUGGCAGAGGCGAUGAAACAUCUUAGGUAGACAUCGGAGGAUAGGAAGAAAAAAAGUGAGUAAUCGACAAAGAAACCGAAAAUAAGAGUCAGUCUCACACUGGCUUUUACUCAUUGGUGAGAGCUAGAAGAGACAAAAGCAUGCAAGUCAGAUGCCGAGCUGGCCUUCUUUCUGUUGGACUAGUCAGUAAUAACUGCCUCUUUUGUUGCACUUGCUUGAUGUCUGGCUGUAUUAGGAAAGUUGUCGGAUCACUAGUUUUUCGUCAUCAUCAACAGUGUACCACUGUCAAUAAGUGGGUCUCAAAGCGCAAUUUGUAUUAACGACAGUGGUGAAAGUGACCUACAUGCCGCAACUUUAGGGGAAGCUCAGAAGCAAACAAAUUACAAUUCUCUCAUAAUGGGGCUUUAAUACUAAAAAUCAACACGGGUUUAGACAAAUGAAAGGGGUAAAGGUCACCUAUAUACAGUAUACUGGACAACUGAUAGCUUAGGCUAAAUGUUAUACAAAAGGGAAAAAAAUACAGUCUCACAUUUAUGAGAUGGUAAGAGUGAUGGUUCAUGACUGUAUAUAGAACAGUUGUGCGACAAUCAAGGGGGAGAACUAAAAACAGCCUUGGUGACCACAGAGACCAAAUGAAAAACUAGCUUCUAACCAGACACAAUGCCAGCUAUGUUUCUGUCCGUCUUUCUGGAAAUGUUUGUACAUGAAACUAAAAGCACACUUAGACCUGUGUG